GGAGGUGGGGUUUUUCUCAAUACGGGUGAAAAAACUAAAACUAACGCUGACCGGAGAGUGAAGAGCGCCCGAUGCCAGAAUGAAGUCCCUACCGGAGGAUUUAUCCACACUUGUCUCAGAUUUGGAGGUGUUUCUGAUUGACAUUCUGAAAGGGGAAAAUCUGAGCAAGAAGGCAAAGGAAAAAAGAGAUGCUUUUAUUAAGAGGAUAAAAGAUGUCAAAGCCAGUUACCCUCAGGAUUUCAAGGAAAAACGAGAAGAAGAGGGGGAUGAAGUUGAGGAUGCAGACAGUAACAAUGAUGGCAGUUCUCUGCACUCUGAGCGCACCGAUCGGGAUGAGGAGUCAGCAUAUGAUGGAGUUCAGCAGGCCCCUCCAGUAGCAGCUCAAGAUCUCCAAGCUGUGUUCAAAAGUGGUUAUCUGGAAAAACGAAGAAAAGAUCACAGCUUCUUUGGCACAGAAUGGCAAAAAAGAUGGUGUGCUUUAAGCAUCCACACGUUCUAUUAUUAUGGCAAUGAAAAAGAUAAACAGCAGAAGGGAGAGUUUAAUAUCACCGGUUAUGCUGUUAAAAUGAACAAUAAUUUGCGCAAAGAUUCCAAGAAAGACUGCUGCUUUGAAAUAUCUGCUCCUGACAAACGUGUUUACCAGUUCUGUGCUUCCUCACAAAGAGAAGCAGAAGAAUGGGUGGAGCAGAUUAGCUUUGUAAUAAAAGACAUGGAAGGCAUCAUUCCUUUGGAGGAGGAGCAGGAUACCUAUGAUGACUGCUUACCUUUAACUGCAGCAUCCAUGCCUGAACCCAUUGAUGAUGAUAUCUAUGAGGAGCUUCCUGAGGAUGAGGUGCCUCAAAAUAAAAAACCAGCACCGGAGCCAGUCAGCAAACCCCCAGUAGCAGUUCCAGUGACAGCAGUAAAUAAGAGCACAGACUACCAGAACUACUUUCAGGGUUUGUGGGACUGCAAUGGAGACCAACCUGAUGAAUUAACUUUCAAGAGAGGAGAUGCCAUCUACAUCCUCAGUAAGGAGUAUGAUACUUUUGGUUGGUGGGUUGGGGAGAUGAAAGGUAUCAUUGGCAUAGUGCCUAAAAGCUACCUGACAGAGCUUUACAUUCUGUAAUGGCCUUCAAGAGCAUUGGAAAUGUAUUUAAUCAUGCCUCCAGGAGUUAAUGGAUUUUGUAUUAAUUCCAAGACAUCUUUUUCUCGCCAGGCAGCUGGAUUGUCUUUAUUUCUGUCAGUGCAAAGUUUACUGCUACCAGACAUAUAUGUUUAAAAUAUGAUACAAUUGUUUGCUUAAAGUUGUUGCUCUAUAAGUUAAUUCAAUGUACUGUAUAAUAAGGAGAAAAAGACAAAGAAAAAAAAGAUUAUCUUGGAUUGAUGAAUCAUGUUUGUGUUAUUUUUGUUACAAAUUUGGUUUAUUUCAUUUAAAAUGUUUCAUUUUUAUGCAAAAAUGAGCUAUAAAAAUAAAGCUUAUAAAAUAUUA